AUGGCUUACAAAACGUCCCCUGAUAAAUAUACUUAUAGAUUUGGCAAACCGUCGAAGAGCCGAGGAUCGGAAUCUCGGGUGAAAAGAAUUUUGACUUGGAUUAAUCACGAACCGGUUACUUUAAUCAAUUGUCAACAAGCCGAUUUCAUAGAGCGAACUAGAUCGUUUGUCGGACAAGCCAAGUAUCCAGAAUCGUCACGUCUUUAUGUAGAUGUUGUACACGGUAGAAAGACCGUGAAAGAUGAAUUUGGUGUGUCACACAUUUUACAUGAUUUCGAUUUAAACAAGCAAACGCCUUUCUGGUGGCAGUGUUUACAAGAUUUAAAUGAUUUUCGUCGGAAACUCAAAAAUCGCAUGCCGGAAGUGCCAUUCUUGGACAUAGAGGAUGAGUUUUCUUGUCUGGACAAAGAGUAUGUCGGGACUCUGCCUGAAGAUAAAGUUUUUCUGAUUUUCGACAAGUAUCGAAUAUAUCCAAACAAGAAUUUUCUUGUACCGUUAAUGGACGCGUUGCAGUUGCGCAAAGAUGGAAGUGUUAAUUACAGGGAGUUGUUGAAUCUCUUGAAUUGGAAGCACAGCUUACCCGUGCUACCAACGAUAAAACAGUCAUCAGUGGCGAGUCCAGAUCGAGCUACAUAUAGUGACAGCAUAGGAAAUAUUGAGACAACUGAUAGCACAAAAGUACGGGCAGCAGGACUUCCAUCCGAAAGAUCGGAUUUUCUGAUUACAAUGUUACCGCGCGCCGGUAUACAUCCAGACACAGAGAAUUUAGGUGAUCAAACCUCCGUUCAUUGCUUAAUAUCGCCCAGCAUAUUCACGAGAUACGGCUUGACACAUAUAGAUUUUUUCAAGAUUCGCGACAAGGAAGAAAUACGAAGCAUAUUCGAGAAUAUUGGUUACGAAUUUCCAGAGGACAGUUUCGAUAUGCUUUGGCAAGAAGGAAUAAGAAAAGACUGCACCGACGGCGUGUGCGUGAAAACAUUUCAGGAGUUACUCGCCGCGUCGGGUUCCGUAGCAAAGAAAAUUGCAUGCGGCUAG